AUGCUUUCACGAAAACCAGUGUUUUUAAAGCCCGGAGAUGACACACUAUACCCAGCAAAGAAUAAAGAUGGUGUCAUAGAAACACUCGUCAAUCCCAACAUAGACUCAGCGCUAUCUAUCGACGGAGAUUCUAAGACAAACUUUGUAUACAAUCGUUAUCACCACCUACCACUCGAGGCUCAAAGGAAGAAGUUACCGGUGUUCCAGUACAGAAAUCAUAUAUUAUAUCUAUUGGAAAAAUAUCAAACGUUGAUUUUGAUUGGUGAAACUGGAUGCGGAAAGUCUACACAAGUUCCUCAGUACGUCUACGAGAUCGGUCACAAAGUAUGCGUGACACAGCCGCGUGUCGCCGCAGCUCUGUCUCUUGCGUGCCGAGUGGCCGACGAGCGAAGCGUGCAACUUGGGGACGAGGUCGGUUAUAGCGCCGCUAUGACCAGCAUGAGGAAGCCUGAUACCGGUAUUGUGUUUAUGACGGAGGGGGUUCUGCUUAGGGAGAUGUUCGCAUCCCCACUCCUUAUGCAGUAUACCUGCAUCGUGCUUGAUGAGGUACACGAGCGUUCGCAGAUGACUGAUGUCCUGAUGGGACUCUUAAAGAAGAUUGCCAAGAAAAGGAAAAAUCUAAAAAUCAUCAUAUCCUCAGCGACAAUGGACGCGGGUUUCCUAAAGGACUAUUUCGAUUUAAAUGAAAAGAGAGCUAGUAAUAAAAGUUCGUCCGUCAUUAUGUCGAUGCAAGGAAGGACGUACCCCAUUGACGUAUUUUACGUUGAAGAGCCCGUACCAGACUACGUGAAGGCAACUGUCGACACAGUUAUAAGGAUACACGAAAACGAGCCGUUUGGUGAUAUAUUAGCGUUUCUAACGUCACAAGAAGAAAUAUUAUCAGCCCUCAAUACUCUAGAAGAAUACGCGAGACAAAACAACGAAACGAAUAAAUACAGGAAGACAUUUCCGAGCGGUAUCAGCGCCGCGAACUUAUCGAUACUACCGAUGUACGGAAGUCUACCGCAUUACAAGCAAAUCAAGGUGUUUCAGAGCGGGGACAGAAAUGUGCGGAAGGUUGUACUGGCGACGAACAUCGCUGAGACUAGUGUGACGAUACAUGGCGUUGUUUAUGUGGUAGACUGUGGCUUCCACAAGCUGCCCCACUUCGACCCCUCCGUGGGGGUGGAGAGUGUGUCUGUCUGCCCCAUUUCAAGACACAACGCCACCCAGCGGGCCGGUCGGGCGGGUAGGACCAGCCCUGGGAAGUGUUAUAGAUUAUACACAGAGGACGAUUACGAUAAUUUACCGGAAAGCGUUCCGCCGGAAAUGUGUAGAAGCGACCUGUCCGCUAUGUUCUUACAGUUGAAAGCCUUAGGGAUCCACAAUUUACUGAGGUUUUCAUUCCCGACUGCCCCUCCAGCUAAAAGCGUAUUAUCAAGUCUAGAAACUUUAUACGCGCUAAAAGCUAUCGACAAAGAAGGAAAUUUGACCGAUGUCGGAACCAAGAUGGCGGAAGUGCCUCUCAAACCGAUGCUGGCCAAAAUGUUGUGUAAUUGUGAUGAAUUCGGUUGUAUAGAUGAGAUGCUGUCGAUAGUGUCGAUGCUUCAAGUCGACGGAGUCUUUAGUAAGCAAGCGACGGGUAAAGACAGUAUCGCCUCCAGGAUAUCCAGGAGAAAUAAUUUUGAGGUAGCAGAGGGCGAUAUAAUAAUGUAUUUAAACAUAAUGGAUUCGUAUUUAAAACUUCGCACUGAUAACGAGAAACAAACGAAGAAAGCGAGUAAAGACUGGUGUCAAAGAAUGUUUCUUAACUACAGAGUUAUGGAAAAGGCCGUUGAAAUAAGAAAUAGUCUGGAGAAACUAGUGAAAGAAAAAUUUCUGAUGAAGAAUAAAGAAUACGAUGGUCCGGAUUUAGGUUCAGGCAGGUGCACCCGGGUAAUGAAGGCGGUAGUGUCCGGUCUAUUCCCGCAGGCGGCCUUUUUGAACCCGGAUAACACUUACCGGGGUAUCCGGGGCGCCGUACUUCACAUAAGUCCGGAUAGUUGUUUGUAUAACGUUCAACAACCUAAAUGGGUUGUCUUCGCGAGUGUCCAGAGUUCCGGAGAUAAGACAUUCAUGAGAGAAAUGAUGGUCAUACAGAAAGACUGGCUUCUGGAAAUCGCACCUCAUUACUAUAAAGAAACUUAAAUAAUAUACAUUAUAUUUAUAUGUAAAGUGUUUUCAGCUUAUUUCUGUGAUUUAGUCAAUGAAACACAAUUGAAUUUCUCUGUAAUAAAAGAUUUAUUGGUUUUAUUUUA